UUUUUUUUUUUGUACCGGGGAUUGGGCCUUGUGCUUGCAAGGCAGGCGGAGGCACCACUGACUUAAGUUUUAGGCCUGAGGCAGAAGGGACUAGAACAGUGUUUAUGAAGACACGGAGGCAAAGAACUGGUACCUCCAUUGUAAAUAGUAUGGGUUGAGUUGUGUGUAAUAUGCAUGAUGGAGCAAGAGAUAGAAGAGGGUUUCCAAAAUGGCUGCUGCCCCUCAAGCACCAGGAAGGGGUUCUGUUCGUAAGACAAGACCUCUGACUGUGAAGACGUCAUUGAACAACCCAUACGUCAUCUGCUGGAGCACCCUGGAGAGAGAGGACAUGCACUUCAUAUUACAGACACUCGAGGACAGGUUCAAAUCUAUUGGAUUUCAGAAAAUAGAGGAUAGAAAGAAAAAGAAAAGGCUACCUCUUACAAAAAGGCAAGGCAGAGAAAAAUGCAGCUUAGAUGUUAGUAUGAUUGAGGACCUGAAGGAGGAAAAGCCUGAUGCCAACCAGCAGGUGUCAGGGUGGACACAUGUGCAUGUCAGGAAGCAGCUUGCCAUUGGCGUUAACGAGGUCACUAGGGCUCUGGAGAGGAACGAUCUGCUCUUAGUUCUUGUGUGUAAGUCAGUCAAGCCUGCCAUUAUUACCUCACACUUGAUCCAGUUAGGUUUAAGCAGAUCUGUUCCUGCCUGUCAGGUUCCCCGGCUCAGUGAAAGAAUUGCCCCUGUCAUUGGCUUAAAAUGUGUGCUAGCCUUGGGGUUCAGAAAGGGCACCUCUGACUUUGCAGAUGAAGUAAGAGCUAUCAUUCCUCGAGUUCCCAAUUUAAAUGUACCAUGGCUUCAAGAGAGAAUUGAAGAUUCUGGAGAACAUGAAGAGACUGAAUCUUUGGAAGACCAAGACAAAGAGAUUUUGGAAACUUCAUUUGAAGACCUCUCAAAACAUAAGAGAAAACGUGUUGAAGGGAGGCUAGGUUCUGCUGGAGCCUUACAACCACUUAAAAUAAAGAAACUGAUUCCUAACCCUAAUAAGAUAAGAAAACCACCCAAAAAUAAAAAAACAAUUCUGAAGUAAUCUUGGAGAAAUCUGUCAUUUUAUGCA